AUGGCCACUGGCCCUCGCCCUAAGGAGGAAUAUGUGGCAGAGCCUCUACUUCUUCCAGCCUGGGUUAACCCGGAUCUCGAUCGUCUCAUGGUCGUCCACAAGGAAAUGGAAGACAGCUACUUCCGGUCCUGGGCCGAGUCCAAAGUCGACUUGCCCGCUGGAGCCGUCUUUGCCCGCAUCAAUGGCAUAACGCCUACUUCCAAGCAGGACUACGCCACAGUGCAGAGUGGGCUUAACUUGCACUUUAUCUGGAACUCUGAUCUUUACUACUGUAAUCAUUCAUGUGCGCCAUCUCUAGAAUGCGACACGUCGACAUGGGAAAUGAGAGUCAGUCGCGACAGACCUCUCAAGAAGGGCGACAUAUUAUCGGUCUUUUACCCGAGUACUGAGUGGACCAUGGACCGAGAAUUUGAGUGUUGGUGUGGUGCUGGGGAGGGAAAGUGUUGUGGAAUCAUCAAAGGAGCUAGAGAUAUGGAUGACCGGGAUUUGCAGCGAUUCUGGCUCAACGAUCAUAUCCAUGAUAUGCGUAAGCAGGAGGCAAAUAGGCGCAUUGAUUAG